AUGAUUCAAGACAAGUCGAAAGGUGCAAAGCACACGCUUCUCGAGCGACCAUGGUUCAUCGUUGUUGCUCUAGCUGGUCUUUUCGGUGCCGCAGUGCUCAUCACGAAUUUCAUUCGAGCUACGGACAACACUUUAUCACUAUGUUCCACGGCUAAGACAACAGCUCAGUCCAUAGCCGAAUACUCAGCCACACCGAUCCAACUCCAAUCCAUCGUCCACUACGCAACCUCACGUACCGUCCCACAACAAUCAUUCGAAGAGAUCUCAAUCUCUUUAGACGUCCUUAAAGACCGUAUCCCUUGCAACUUUCUUGUCUUUGGUCUCGGCCGCGACUCCCUUAUGUGGGCCUCCCUCAAUCCAGGUGGCACUACUGUGUUCUUGGAGGAGGAUCCUGAGUGGAUCCAGGCCGUACUCAAGGACGCACCGUCCCUCAGGGCCCACCAUGUUCAGUACCGGACCCAACUUUCUCAAGCCGACCGUCUUCUCAAAACAUACAAGUCCGAACCAAAGUGUUUACCCGCCAACGCUUUCCCGAUCCGGUACAACGAAAAGUGUCCAUUAGCGUUGACUUCACUUCCUGAUGAGUUCUACGAUACAGAAUGGGAUCUGAUCAUGGUGGAUGCACCGAAAGGGUACUUCGCAACCGCGCCAGGGAGGAUGGCGGCGAUAUUCUCAUCAUCCGUCAUGGCACGUAACCGGAAAGGUGCUGGCACGACGCACGUGUUCCUUCAUGACGUUGACCGUAAAGUGGAGAAGGCUUACGCCAACGAGUUCUUAUGUGAGAAGUACAGAGUUAAAUCCGCUGGUAGGCUCUGGCACUUUGAGAUACCUAACGCAGCUAACAUGAGCGACCAGCCAGGAGACCGGUUUUGCUAG